CCACGGACCUGGAAAGUACAUAUGUGUGGCAUAUUCUUCUGUGUUCGACAAUUCCAAGUCAACCCUCCGGCCAUCGAUACCAUCGACUCAUAUCAUGAGAAGCUAUGCAUUGCUUUAAGGCAUGCAAAUGCUGCGCGUGGGCCUGAUGCCCAACGAAGCCACAAAGUGAGCUUCAAGGACCAGAGUUCGGAUGUUGGCAUGCUGCAUCUAGAGUUCUUUGCAUCUGAAUUGUGUCUACGAGGUUCCCAACCUGUCGUGCAACCUCACAUCCGAAAUGGUGAUAUUUUUUGCUGGAAUGGAGAGAUCUUCGAAGGACUAGACAUGGAUGCAGCUGAAAACGACGGCGUCAAGUUAUUUGAAAGUAGCAGGGGUCUCAAAACACCAGCUCAAAUCAGAGACCUUUUCUCGUCAGUUGAAGGCCCGUAUGCUUUUGUUUUCCACCAUGAAGAGUCUGGCUGCAUUAUAUUUGGACGUGAUCCUCUAGGUCGUCGGUCUCUAUUGAUCCAUAAACCUUCCCCAUCACAUCCAUAUUUCAUAUUGACUUCUGUGACUUCUGGUGUCGACGCAGGAUGUUCUUUUGAGGAGUUGUCUACAGAUCACAUCUUUUAUCUCAACCUCAAAGAUUUCGCUCAGCUAGAAGGCAUCACGUUCGAAGACCAUCUUAAGACUUUAUCUCGACGGCCUUCUCAAACCACUGUCUUCAGCUACGUCCAGCCUCCUCUAGUGAAUCGCUUAGUUCCGCCAGAUACUUGGCCGCGUUUAGCUUCACUUGAUGAGAUACCUAAUUAUCUCUUGGCUUCAGUAGAUGCUUUGAUCUCACACCUAGAUCGUAGCGUUAUGCUCCGCGUUCACAACGUUCCUUACAAAAGUUCCAUGCCAACACAGUCCAGAGUAGCCGUCCUCUUCAGCGGCGGAAUAGAUUCAACAGUCAUUGCGUACCUUGCCCACAAGCAUAUUCCUCUUGAAGAAUCGAUCGACCUCCUCAACGUCGCUUUCGAGAACCCUCGAAAGAUCCAGAUGGAGACAGAAGGCAACGUUGGGGGUAUAUCAAGACGGCACAGGAAGGCUAAAAAUCCAUCUGAUGAUGAUUCUAUCAGAGUGUCGUACAUGGUUCCUGAUAGAAAGACGGGGCUUCAGGAAGUGGACGAACUCAGGCGACUGUGUCCCGGCCGUACUUGGAACUUUGUAGAGAUCAACGUCCCUUAUCAUGAAUCACAGGGGGCACGCCCUAUAGUUCAAGCCCUGAUGCUGCCCAGCCGCACAGUCAUGGAUUUGGUGAGCAGUCUGGCUCUUGCUUUAUACUUUGCUUCUCGUGGAGUGGGACACGUACGCGCUUAUCCAGGUGCAGAGUCUGUAGCAUAUACUAGCCCAGCUCGUGUGCUUUUGAAUGGCCUUGGAUCCGAUGAGUUGCUAGGCGGUUAUGGAAGACAUCGAUCGUCAUUCAACUCAGGCGGCUGGCAAGCAGUGAUCGGCGAGCUUCAGCUAGAAAUUCAGCGUAUUCCAGUACGAAAUUUGGGUCGCGACGAUCGCAUCUGUUCAUCCCACGGAAAGGAGACAAGACAUCCUUUUCUGUCAUUUGGAGUGGUCUCAUUUUUGGCCAACUUGCCAGUUCAGCACAAAAUGGAUCCCCGUUUAGAAUUGGGCCUUGGAGAUAAAAUGUUACUGAGAUUAGCUGCUCGAAAAAUGGGAUUAAUUCAGGCGAGCGGACGAAAAAAAAGGGCCAUGCAGUUCGGUAGUCACUCUGCAAGAAUGGAAGGAGACGCUAAAGGGGAUGUUUUACUGUAGGUAGUCGUAGCCUAGCUUCCACAGUUAGCACCGCCGUUCGAUUUUUCUGCCACUCUAAAUUCCCCUAAAAGCUGUAUAAAAUCUUUGAGAUCUAG